AUGACCAAGAUACUUGGCGCUCACGUGGAUCCUUCCGCUCUCAGUCCUGCCGAAUACCUGGGGCAGCUCAAAACUUGGUUUUAUGAUAAUGUCCCCGAUGACCCGGCAGCCUGGACGUUUGGUGACUUAAAAAGAAACAAAGACGGUGGAUUCAAUGACGAAGAUCUUGUUCAGCAAAUCAAGAAGGGAACUGACACGGUAGCCGGCGCAUUUGGCGCUAAGAACAUUCCCGUGGCGUUGAGGGCGAUUGAGAUUAUUGGCAUUGAACGAGGUCGAGAAUGGGGCGUCGCCACGUUCAACGAGUUUCGAAAAUUCUUCAAGCUCAAGCCAUUCACAUCCUUCAAGGAAAUCAACUCUACCGAAGAUGGAGUAGCUGAAGCUUUGGAGGCACUCUACGGCCAUCCCGGUAACGUCGAGCUGUAUCCGGGUCUGAUGGUAGAGCAAGCCAAGAAGGAGUUUUCGCCCGGCUCCGGGCUCUGUCCCGGCUUCACCAUCUCCGAAGCCAUUCUCUCAGAUGCAGUGACCCUCGUCCGCGCCGAUCGCUUCUACGCGCACGAGUAUGGUCCACAGAGCCUGACCAACUUCGGCUUCACCGCUGCCAGUUCUGAUUUUGACGUUGCCGGCGGCGGCGUCAUGUACAAGCUGCUCAUGAGGUCGUUCCCGGGAUGGUACCGACACAGCAGCGUGUACGCUCUAUAUCCCUUCACCACACCAGAGAAGACCAUGGGCAAUUUCAGUUCAGGAGCAGCGCCGGUCCAAGCUAUCGAUUAUAGCGCUCCUGCCUUCACUGGCCCCCCGAUUCCGGUGACUUCAUGGCAAGGUGUAGUGCAGCUACUGCAAGACCAGACUAAUUUCAAAGUCCCUCAGCAACUCUCUGGUCAUGAUGACAUGCUGAGUGGCGACAAGCCCGCCAACACAGCUAAGCAAAAGUUCAUGCAGGAUGAGCUGUAUUGCCCUGAGGAAAAUUUGUCUAUAGUUCGCGCCUUCUACGAGAGUUUGACGGCCCGGCUUAUCAAGAAGAACGCUCGCAAGCUGGGGGGAUCUUACCAGAUUGACAUUGUCCAAGAGGGAGUAGCUUUCUCCCACGCCGAGUUUGUCGGUCGCUUUUUUGGCAUUCCCCUGCGAGGCGAGGACUCUGAAUCGACAGCGGUGACUGACUCCUACACGCCUCGCGCACUCUACAACGUCUUGGCUCACCUUUUUGAGCAUGUCUUCCUGGAUCUCGACGAAGCAAAACGUUACAAACACCUUGUCGUCGCAAGUAAAGAGACAUGGCAGCUUGGAGACAUUGUUCGUGGAGUAGUCCGAGGGAUCAAGCCAGGCGAGGGUGCACGUAGCCUGAUGCAACUCGUCGAAGACACUUUCUUCCACAAGACUGCUACCGGUGCAGAAAAUGCCCAUGGCCUCCAGCAUUUUGGCCUAGAGCUCAUCAAGAGACCGAUGGAACAAGGUCAGGGGAAGGACGUGGAAGAAGUUGUGUGGACUCUGAUUCCCACAGCUGCUACCUUUUGUGCUACUCAGGCUCAGGCUUGGGCUCAAUUAAUCGAAAUAUACCUUUCGGAUGGCUACAAGAGCCACUGGACGGAGAUUGAGCAGCUCGCCCAGUCCGAGGACUCUGAUUCGUUUGACCUACUGAAGCGUUACGCUCUAGAAGGUUUUCGUCUAUUCCCAGCAACUUCAGGAGUCAUUCGUGUGGUAGAGUCUCCAACGCCUGUGACCAUUCCUUCAGCGCCGACUCCUUUGCCGCCCAAAGGAACAGUCUUGGCGGAUUUCAUCACCGCUGGCCGGGAUCCUUCCAUUUUUCCUGACCCAGAAUCCAUCAAACUUGACUGA